AUGAUGGACCGGUCGGUCAAUCAAUCUGGUGGCCAAACAUCCAGUAGCAAUAUAAACAACAGCAUUAGCAGUGAUCCAUUGACUUCAUCAAUGUUAAUAUAUAUAACAGUGUCACCUUGGGACGACCGCCAGUCAAUCAGUGGCAUCAAUGUACAUACUCUGAUCGGUGACAUACAGGUGUUCUUCAAGCAAACUGGACGAAGCAUUAAAAUACGCGAGUUGGACAAUUAUGCAUUGUACAAGUCGUUGGACUAUGGCACACGAGCUCAUCUACCGUCAACAGUUGGCGACGCCCUGCACAUAUCGAUGGAUAACGGACUACAGCAACACAAGACCACAACGCGCAUCAAGCUGAAAGGAAGCGGGCACUUCAAACGCCGUCUGCGCAUGUCAAACAACCAGACGCUGCACACAUACAACAUUAACGGCGGCACUCAUCUUGAGCUCCGCCAGGUGUCUUCCUCUCUGGCCGCUGGUGGUGGGAUGCCCCGCUGGUUCUACAAGACCAUCGUGCCGUCCAAUCAGCUUGAGACCUUGCUCAAGGAGUCGGCCACCGCAUCGAAUCCCAGCUCGCCCACCCAGCCACACCAACAUCGUGGCUCAUCAGGUGGCGUACAACUCGUGGAGAUCAGCAACGAUCGUGGGAGUGGUGGAUCGUCUGGCGGCGGUGGCAGCAACAGGUCGGCAUCGCCAUCAAUCUCGGUAGAUCCGCUAAUGGGCAGGUCUUUGCGCAACGUCUCAGACUUUGUGGACACAAUCAAGACAAACAAAAUAGUGAUGGUUGAGUCGCCCAAGCGAUCUGUUCGUCUCUGGCGCUUCGCCACACCAACACACAAUCACAACAAGCGUGUGCUCGACGUUGUCCAGCGCAUCGAGAACCACUUCCCCUCGAUCUUACCCGAGUCACAACUGCCCAAUGUGCAGGACACCGAACAGCCCCUGAUGGACGACCGAUGGGAGGCGCGCAUCAGCUCGUCCGACGACCUGGUGUCCAAGUGCCUGUGCAUGGAGGACAACCUGGGGCAAGAGUCACUCAAACAAGAGUACAUCGAGUUCUCCCUGCGCUUUGAGCAGCGCACAUCACUUCUGAUUGGCGUGGAUAGUCGUGUGCUCGUGUGGAUCGAUCCCAUCGAGACCUACUUCACGCUCUGCUUCAGCGGCACCAACACGACAGUGCACGAUGCCAUCACCUUCAUUGUACAAUAUCUCUAUCCCGCAGCUACAUCAACUACCGCCAUGCCUCAACAUAGUCAUGGACUUGGACUUGGACUUGGGCAAGGUAAUGGACAAUCAUCGCCACCAUUGGUGCCCGGAUCUUCUUUGGCUGAUCUGAUCAGUGGCUAUGGACUGUAUCUUCAUGAGACUAGCGAAGCCAAGCCCAUCGCACUGCAACACAAACAGUUAUUGUCUAAUUGUAAGAUGGGCGGCAAGUUGGACAUGGACGAGGACAUCACACUCAUGUUUAAGGCGCGCCAUCAGCGACGGAGCAAGAAGCCGGCGUGGACAACCGAGUCCCCUUUAACUGCACACCUGCCUCCGCCCCCGCUGCCAUCACUUAUCGUCACUGAUAUCGAGGAGGACAACACUUCAAACAGCGAAUCAGACGUCGGCGAUGACAUUGAUGAGGAUGGACUGGACGACGAGGAAGGCCACAACCUGACUGUCCUAUUCCCUUCGCAUCAAACAUAUCGCCAGUUCCACUUCAACCCCAACCGCACAGUCAACGAGAUCAUACAGUAUAUCAUCGACUCGACUACAUCUAGCAAGCAGGAUGACCUCGAUAGCAGUGGGAGCAUCGUCAGUCCGAGCACGGAAGACGCCUCAACAUCUGGCGCCACCACGCCAAUGCGCCUGAGUCUCUCGUCCAACCGACACAGCUUCACGACCAAGCCAAUAUCGCCCGACGCUGCGUGUGAGCAACGCAGCAUAUCGACCUUUAGAAACAAGAUAUUCAACAAUGUCAGCGAGACUGACGGUCUCUGUCUGUACCACCAGAAGGAUGGCGCAGGUGUGUGGAUGGAGGGCAAUCGCACGCUACUCUCAUACUGUCUGCCGCGUGAGGUUGUCGUCGAGUUCAAGCAGCCGCCCACCAUCAGCAGGAUGACACUGGUCGAGGGCAUCAGGAACACGAUCAAGGUGCACUACAAGCAACAAUCAUUCAUCGUGGUGUAUGGUCGCUACACGAUGAUCAAUGAUCUACGCGACCUCCUCCUGGAGAACUGCUGUACCUCACCAGAGGAAGAGAGGGAGGUGGAGUCAUGCGAGAUGUAUCUCGUCAAAGCCAGUGGACUAACAAUACCACUCAAUCACAUUGAUCGAUUCGAGCUCAUCCAAAUUGACACACAGGACAUCAUUGAGUUCCGACCUACAUUGAUUCAAUCCAUGUUGAUUAAGGAGUCCCUGCAGGACUUUGUUGGACCACAGACAUUGGCUGUGAUUCCAGGCGAACAUAUUCUACACAAGCGUAACAGCGAGAGGGUCGUGGGCGGCCAACACAAGAAGGGCAUGAUGUUCCUGACGAACUACAGGUUCAUCUUCAACGCCUAUAAUCGAUCUUCUUACGACGAUGCUGGCACUAAGGACGACUGCGACCUGCCCAUCACGCUGAUCCACCGAGUCAAACACUCGAGCAACACCAACUUGACCGAGCUCACUUGCAAGGACUUCCGAGUGUGUGUCUUCCCCACGGGCGACAUGGCCAUCUGGGACAAGCUGCGCUCAUACCACGAGUCUGGCGACAUCAGCAAGACAUUCGCUUUCUCCAACGCCGAACCCAUGGACGCCAGUCUCGACACGGUCUACAACGUGGUGGACGAGUUCAUCAGACUCAAGUUCCCCAUCACCGACUGGCGAAUCACCUAUGUCAACCAGGACUAUGGCAUGUGUCCGACGUACCCAUCGCAGUUCAUCGUGCCCGAGUCCGUGUCGGACGAUCAGCUGAACAAGAUCGCGUCCUUCCGUGAGAAGGGCCGAGUGCCCGCCAUUUGCUGGAUACACAGUCUACACCGCUCGACCAUCUCACGAUGCAGCCAGCCACGCGUCGGCAUCUUCAAGUCCAAGUGCAAUGAGGACGAAGAGUACCUACGCGUGAUCACCAAGUCCAACACCAACUGCAAGAUACUCACAGUGAUGGACUCUCGGCCCAUGGCCAACGCCAAAGCCAACACACUCCUUGGCAAAGGUCACGAGGACACCAAUCUCUACUCCAACGUUGAGCUCAAGUUCUUGGGUAUUGGCAACAUACAUGUGAUGAGGGACAGCUACAAGAAGCUGUUCACAGCCAUCCAAUCACCUGAUACCAACCUUGCUUGGUUGUCAUUGUUGGAGGACUCGCAGUACUUGCAGCACAUACAUCAGUUGAUACAUGCAGCCAACAUGGUGGUGGACCUUGUGGAUAAGAAGGGCGCAUCAGUACUCACACAUUGCAGUGAUGGAUGGGAUCGCACCUCGCAACUCGUCUCUCUGUCACAGCUGCUGCUCGACCCAUACUAUCGCACAAUCAAGGGAUUCCAGGUGUUGAUCGAGAAGGAGUGGCUGAGCUUUGGCUACCAGUUCACGUUGCGUUGCAACCACAUCACGCAGGGCAACAACGACGAGGACUUCUCGCCCAUCUUUUUGAUGUUUAUCGAUGCCGUGUGGCAACUGACCAACCUGUUCCCGACGACCUUCCAGUUCAACGAGCGAUUCCUCAUGGCCAUCUUGGACGCCAUGUACAACUGCAAGUACGGCACAUUCCUGUUCAAUAGUCAACGCGAGCGAAACAUACAGAUCAAGUACAAUGGAGCACUUGCUUCGCUGUGGACACAGAUCAACGCGGACCUCGAGCAACACACCAACUACUUCUACAUCAACAAUCCCAAACCACUAUUCCAUCACUACUUCCCUGCCGACAUCCAAUUCUGGAGCAACUACUAUCUGCGAUGGAAGGACAACUACGAACCAAGGAUGCUCAUCGACUCCACAAUCAUGUCGAGUGUGCUGGAGACAAAGAAGAGUGUUCUUGGUGCUACCAAAUCAGGUAGUAGUAACAAAUAA